ACAAUGUCAAGCUUACAUCUUCUGAUGUCACUUUGUCUGUUGGUAAUGACAGGUAGGUUACCUGUAUGUUAUACGUUUGUGUUUUUAGAACUGCCUUUUAUAUGUAUGCAAACUUGACUCAUGUUGCAGCUGCAGGUGGCUUUAGAUUAGCCAGUACAUGUCUGCUCAAUGUGCAGGAAAACGUGAUUGUCUUAUAUUUCUGGUGCUGAUAUAAAUGUACAUCGGGGUCAGUACAAGAAACAUUCCACUCAAUUCUGGGUGAGUACAGAAAAUAUUCCACUCAAUUUUCUUUUUGUUUUCCAUCGUUGCUGUACUGUAACAAUAUUGGUGCUGACGGCUAAAGGUAGCUAAAAGACUGCACUUGACUCUACAAAGUGUGAGAUAUUUUCAUUUACAAUAACGGUAUAGUCAAGAAUUUGUUAUUUUUGUUAUGCGGAUUUUCUUUCUCUGCCCAAGUGGUGAUGCAAGGAGCGAAGGAAGCCAAUCGGUACUUACGAUAUUCUGAAGUCUAAAGGCCGCCAGGAAACAUAAUGAGGUCAUAUGGCGGCCGAAACUCGGGCAAUGAAGCACAGGCUGAGGACAGACAUCACUAGAUAUGUCCUGGCUAAAUGAGGCAGCCACGUAGCUUCUGGGAAGGGACAACUUUAACUGAGAGUGUAGUGUAUGUCAGAUAUAUAUAUAUAUAUUUUUUUUUUUACAUUCUUUAUUUUUGUGGUGCUUUUUGGUUCUUUACAACAGUAAUUCGCUAGUCACAGAGGGUAGCUGAAGGAUGUCUAGGGUUCAGCACCAUUUUUAAAGGAACAGUGUACAAGCUUAGAGAGACAUAGUACAUACGGUAAGUACAAUAAAAUAAACCAGGGCUUGACAAAUUUGCCCUGAAACUAGGAGCCAGCUAAAAAAGGUUAGGAGCCAGAUUUUUUUUAAAACUUACAUAGCUUUAUAUUCAACAACAAAAAUACAAUUCUUAAAGGGACACGAUAGUCACCAGGACCACUACAGCUUAAGGUAGUGGUUCUGGUGUCUAUAGUCUGUCCCUGCAGGCUUUUCAAUGUAAACACUGACUUUUCAGAGAAAAUGCAGUGUUUGCAUUGCAACUCACUGGCCCUAGUACUCUCCCUCCUCCAUUCUAUUCUACCUCCUGGGGUGCAGUGGUGUUGCCCAGAAGCGGGUGAAGAUUUCAUCCAGUUUACUUGGGGACCACUCUAAUGAGUAAUAGAGAGCCCACUCAGACUUUAUAGGUGAGUCCAUGGUAGCAAAUGGCGCAUCCGCCAUCUUAGAGUGAGCCUCCAUGCUUCAGCAGGUCUCAGGGAUGAGUGCAGGUAGGGGCACCAAGAGCUGUUGUAGAACAGACCAGGAUAACCCCCACCAGUCCAAGGGGGGAGGACACAGGACUCAGCCGCAAGUCAGCCCACAGGAUCCCAGCGGAGAGGUCGACUGCAACUCUUGCUGGUCCCACACUAGGCAUCAAGAUGGACAGCACAAAACAACGCCGAAACAAGCGAAGGUAAGCUUCACCAGUACAAGCAGCGUCUCCGGGACACCUUUUAGGCGUCAAAUUACCGUGAUUCUGCAGUCGGGUAGGCACCAGAAAUGUAAAUUAAGAUGAGUAUAUGCGGAGCUCGUGGUAGAUGCGUUGCUUUACAUGAUGGCCAAGUUCUGCCUACAGUAUAUCAUAUAUAUAUAUAUUUUUUUUUUUUUAUUUUUUUUUUUUUUAUGUAUGCUAUUAUCUGAUAUGAAACCACCAUUUAUUUUCAAACUUUUAAUUAAGAGCAAUUCAAAUAAAUAAAGUUUACUUAGAGCAGCCCACUCACUCACAUAUGUCUGGUAUUUAUAUAAAAAUAAUUAAAGGCUAACUGUGCUUCAUGUAGGACACCUGUAGUUAAAUAAGGACUCCAUCUGCCCACACACAUGUCCAGGUUAGGUUAUACUACAUACCUGGUGUCAUGUCCCAAGCAGAAUGCUGACAACUGAACUACAAUUCCUAUAAAGCCUUGCUGUGUCUAUAAAUAACUAUGUUAUCAAUAAUAUUGAUAUUCUCUUAAUUUAUAUAGUAUGAACAUAUCCUGCAGGGAUUUACAAAAAUAUAGUAGGCAUAUAUAUAUAAUCACAACCAAUAGACAAAGAUACAAGAGAUGAUGAGUGCCCUGAUGAAGAGCUUACAAUCUAGGAGAAAUUGGAGUAAAUCAACUCACAAGAAAGAACAAAGGGAAUAUUGCAGCCCUGGAGACAGGUGGAGGUAGGGCAUUCCAUGGGGAUAGUGCAGCCCUGGAGACAGGUGGAGGUAGGGCAUUCCAUGGGAAUAGUGCAGCCCUGGAGACAGGUGGAGGUAGAGCAUUCCAUGGGAAUAGUGCAACCCUGGAGACAGGUGGAGGUAGGGCAUUCCAUGGGGAUAGUACAGCCCUGGAGACAGGUGGAGGUAGGGCAUUCCAUGGGAAUAGUGCAGCCCUGGAGACAGGUGGAGGUAGGGCAUUCCAUGGGGAUGGGGAUAGUGCAGCCCAGGUGGUAGGGCAUUCCAGUGCAGCCCUGAGAGGUGGAGGGCAUUCCAUGGGGAUAGUGCAGCCCUGGAGACAGGUGGAGGUAGGGCAUUCCAUGGGAAUAGUGCAGCCCUGGAGACAGGUGGAGGUAGGGCCCAUGGGAAUAGUGGAGACAGGUGGAGGUAGGGCAUUCCAUGGGAAUAGUGCAGCCCUGGAGACAGGUGGAGGUAGGGCAUUCCAUGGGAAUAGUGCAGCCCUGGAGACAGGUGGAGGUAGGGCAUUCCAUGGGAAUAGUGCAGCCCUGGAGACAGGUGGAGGUAGAGCAUUCCAUGGGGAUAGUGCAGCCCUGGAGACAGGUGGAGGUAGGGCAUUCCAUGGGAAUAGUGCAGCCCUGGAGACAGGUGGAGGUAGGGCAUUCCAUGGGAAUAGUGCAGCCCUGGAGACAGGUGGAGGUAGGGCAUUCCAUGGGAAUAGUGCAGCCCUGGAGACAGGUGGAGGUAGGGCAUUCCAUGGGGAUAGUGCAGCCCUGGAGACAGGUGGAGGUAGGGCAUUCCAUGGGAAUAGUGCAGCCCUGGAGACAGGUGGAGGUAGGGCAUUCCAUGGGAAUAGUGCAGCCCUGGAGACAGGUGGAGGUAGGGCAUUCCAUGGGAAUAGUGCAGCCCUGGAGACAGGUGGAGGUAGGGCAUUCCAUGGGAAUAGUGCAACCCUGGAGACAGGUGGAGGUAGGGCAUUCCAUGGGAAUAGUGCAGCCCUGGAGACAGGUGGAGGUAGGGCAUUCCAUGGGAAUAGUGCAGCCCUGGAGACAGGUGGAGGUAGGGCAUUCCAUGGGGAAUAGUGCAGCCCUGGAGACAGGUGGAGGUAGGGCAUUCCAUGGGGAUAGUGCAGCCCUGGAGACAGGUGGAGGUAGGGCAUUCCAUGGGAAUAGUGCAGCCCUGGAGACAGGUGGAGGUAGAGCAUUCCAUGGGAAUAGUGCAGCCCUGGAGACAGGUGGAGGUAGGGCAUUCCAUGGGAAUAGUGCAGCCCUGGAGACAGGUGGAGGUAGAGCAUUCCAUGGGGAUAGUGCAGCCCUGGAGACAGGUGGAGGUAGGGCAUUCCAUGGGAAUAGUACAGCCCUGGAGACAGGUGGAGGUAGGGCAUUCCAUGGGAAUAGUGCAGCCCUGGAGACAGGUGGAGGUAGGGCAUUCCAUGGGAAUAGUGCAGCCCUGGAGACAGGUGGAGGUAGGGCAUUCCAUGGGAAUAGUGCAACCCUGGAGACAGGUGGAGGUAGGGCAUUCCAUGGGAAUAGUGCAGCCCUGGAAACAGGUGGAGGUAGGGCAUUCCAUGGGAAUAGUGCAACCCUGGAGACAGGUGGAGGUAGGGCAUUCCAUGGGAAUAGUGCAGCCCUGGAGACAGGUGGAGGUAGGGCAUUCCAUGGGAAUAGUGCAGCCCUGGAGACAGGUGGAGGUAGGGCAUUCCAUGGGAAUAGUGCAGCCCUGGAGACAGGUGGAGGUAGGGCAUUCCAUGGGAAUAGUGCAACCCUGGAGACAGGUUGAGGUAGAGCAUUCCAUGGGAAUAGUGCAGCCCUGGAGACAGGUGGAGGUAGGGCAAAGAGCAAUGGUGACUGAGAAUGUUAAGCUCGGCAACAGUAUUCACAUGCUCAUAAGUGAUAAAGAAAUAAGAGUAUCAUGAGAUCAUUGUAAAAGUUACACUGCGUGGGAAUUUGCAGCAAUUCAACUUCACUUAAUGUUGAAAAUUGUUUCAUUUAUUUCUUUUCAGAAUGCUUUUUAAUAGAUUUGACUAUAUUUAUUUGCAAUAUCUGUAUACUGAAUUAAACGGUUACUGCAAGCACCAUGACCACUUCAGUGAUUUGAAGUGGUCAUGGUGCCCAGAGUCUGUACAUGCAGCAUUUAGCCAUGAACUGCUGAACACAGACAUUAACCCUUCUGCUGCUGGUAGUGUAACUCUACCUCCAACAGCAUGAUAGGUGCUUCAUUAGUCAGCCUGGAACUAGCGUUCUGGGCUUGCUAAUAGGAAGACCAUACAAAAAUUGAUGCCAGGCACCCAAGAGCCCUUCGUCCAUGCCACUCAUUCCGCCCUCCUCGUCCGGCGUCAGCUGAGAGAGAGAGGGCGCAAAAGAGUUACUCCAACCAAAACCAGCAUUUCAUUGGUAUUUAGUUGGAGUAACCCUUACAAAAACACUUUUUGUGUGUGCCUGUGUCUGUGUGUGUGUGUGUGUGUGUGUUGUUUUUGCUUUUUGAGAAAUACCUAUGAUACACAUACAAAGUCACCGUUUUAUUGUACGGCUUCUUGUUUUUGCCACUACCAACAAAAAAGUGCUGUGAUUGAUUUCCUGCUCUUAGAUGGGGGUUGGUAAUGCACAUGACUAUGAAUAUGUUUUUGUUGUGUAACCUCAGACCAUCUUACUUCCUUUUUAUUAUUUUACUGAAUGUUUCUCUUACAUUGUGAGCUUUCAUUGUUUGUUCGCUAAACCUAAAAUCUCCAGCAAUAAAGUCAUAAACAUUGAAUAAAAAGUACCCAGUAACUUGCCAAAAACCUUUUGAUCAUAAACAGUUGUUGGAUAUACUACCAAAGUGAAACAAAUGGCCAAUUAACCCUUAGAGCAAAAAAAAAAAGCUAUUAUUCUAGGGCAGGGAUAGGCAACCUUUGGCACUCCAGAUGUUGUGGACUACAUCCCCCAUAAUGCUCUUACACCCAUAAUGUUGGCAAAGCAUCUUGGGAGGUGUAGUCCAAAACAUCUGCAGUGCCGAAGGUUGCCUAUGCCUUUUCUAGGGGAACACCAAACCUAUGACCGAACUUAAUUUUUUUUUUUUUUUUUAAAACAAGGGUGGGUGGCUGACUGCCAUGCUGAUCAGCCGCAUCUCCUGAGAGCUCCAAGUGAAAAACUGAUCUUUAUGCCUUUUUAGAGGAUUAUGUCCAUAUUUACUGAUUUUUUAUUUUUAUUUUUAACACAACAGAAACUCUCAUAAAACUUGGUGGGUUUGGGCAUAUUUAACCUUGCUGCAUUUCCAAUUACAUUUGGAGGAUUUUACUCAGGACUGAUCUGCAGCUUACUCACUGUGGGUGAGGGGUAGGUGGCCGAACUCUCCACCUUUAGUCUCUUCCAUCUCCGCUAGUGUUACGGCGACUUUCUAUCUUCAACAAUGAACAAGCUGAAGAAAUCCGGUCUUCUUUAUAAUGGCUGAGGCCACGUGUUCAGUCGAAUCCUGAGACCAGCUUUUUUUCUAUCCUGGAUAAAUUAAUUCUCCUCCAAGCUCGGACACAGCCUGCAAGCUUCUGUGGAUGUGCCAUUGAUACCUACCCUACCACCAUAUCCACAUUUGUUAGGUACACCCAUGAAAGGGUGCCUGCUCAAAGUGAUACAAGAAUCUUGAGGCUCCGGACAUUGUGGUACCUUCCAUGAAAGCAGGUCUGGUACCAGCUUUUUUUUAUAUAUAUAUAAAACUUUGACUUCUCCCUUCAUCUAAGUUUUUUAGCAACAGUGAUUUAACUCUCAUAUAAUGGAACACUUCGGAUGCAGGCAAGUUAUAUUCUUGGACUAGAGUAACAAAAGUGUUCCUUUUUCCCUCCGUUAUUAUAUCAUUUACAAUUGUAAUGUUCUUUUCUCUCCAUAGAUCUAAUUUUAAAUAAUUUAUUAAAGAUUUCUAGUUCCAUAAAUCCGUAUAACUUGCCUAUAUUUUUCAUAUUUUUUUUCUUAUUUUAUACCAAGAAGAGCAAAUAUGGGUUAAAAUUAUAUUUGUAUUUUCUUUCAUUACCAAGAGUCUUUUUAUUCUGCCAGAUUAUCUUAUUUAAAUCUUUCUUAUUUAAUGCUUGAGUUUCCAGAAUGAACCAUCCUGCUUCUCUUACUUCUUUUCUGGUUAGUAUCUGAGUGUGGUAUAUUAUGCUAGCUUCGUAGUGUUUUUUAAUAUUGGGGAAAUUCAUACCUCCUUGCCCCAAGGGAUUAAUCAUUUGUUCUUGAUUUUCUGUAUUAUCUCCAACCAGCUUGCAGGUAUUUUAAGGGGAUCAUUUUUAAAAAAUAAGUCCAUCUGGGGAUUAUAUUGACAUUUAAAAUAUUAAUUCUUCCCAGCCAGCUUAGUAGCAAAGUGUUCCAUUUUUUUUAGAGUCAUCCAUUAAAAAGUUGAUCUCUAUUAUUCUAUCUAUGUUAUCAGACAGUAUACCCAGAUAAUCAAAGCUUCCCAUGGCUUCAUUUAAGCCAUAUAAAUCUAAGAUUUUUUUUUGAUUUUUUUUUUUUUUUUAUCCACUUCACAAUUUUUAAACAUAACCACAGAUUUAUCUUUGUUGAUCUUAUAAUUGGAUGUUUUGCUAUAUUGCGUUCUCAUUCAUCAAAUGGGAAACGGAAGCAUUUGGGUCAGGCAGGGUCACUAUGGUGUCAUCCGCAUACAUACACAGUUUAAAUUUUCUAACAUUUGCUGGAAUCCCCCUUAUACCUGGGUUUUCUCUUAUUCUUAUAGCUAAAGGCACCAUCGAAAGUAUAUAAAGUAUUGGUGACAGCGGGCAUCCUUGAUGGGUGCCGUUGCCCAAUCGAAACCAGUCAGAGCACAAAUCUAUUCCAACCACUUUAGCCAUGGGUACUUGAGAUAUAGUUUUGAUUGCUGCACUCAUCCAACCAUCAAAACUCAUAGCCUCCAGCACCCGAAACAUGUAUCCCCACUCGACCCUGUCAAAGGCCUUUUCUGCAUCCAGUGACCGGAUCAGGAGGGGACUUUUCGUUCCCUCUCCCCAGUCCAAAAUAUUUAUCAAACACCUUGAAUUGGCACUUGCCUGUCUGGUGGAACAAAACCAAUCUGGUCUUCAUGGACCAGGCCUGGGAGCACUUUCUUUAUCCUAUCUGCCAAAAUUGCCAAGAACAACUUUGAAUCUACAUUUAUUAGUGAAACCGGGCGGUAAUUCUUAAGCUCUUGGGGGUCUUUAUCUUUUUUUAGGAUCGGUAGAAUAUUAGCAUAUAACAUUUCUUUUGGCCCUAUGCCUUUAGCUACAAUUUCAUUAAAGGCAUUUACCAAGUGUUCCUAUAAAAUAUCUUUAUAAAUUUUGCAGAAACUAUUUGUCAAACCAUCUGGACCAGGAGUUUUAAAGUUUACAAAUUUUUCAAUAGCUUGUUUAAAUUUUGCCUUAAUGAGGGGUACAUUUAGAAAAUUAUUUUGUUCCAAUGUUAAUUUAGGGAAGUUUAUGUCUUUUAGAUUUUUAUUAUUUGGUUUUCUUUAGGUUGUUUUGGGAUGUUAUAUAAUUCUUCGUAAUAGGUUUGAAAAUUUUUAGCUAUAGUCUCUGGAUUUCUAUAUGUUGUUUGUUCUUUAUUAAUACUUACUAUCCUGUUCUUCCCUGAUUUCCUUUUAAGUUUGUUUGUGAACAAUUUUGUUAUUUUAUCGUGGUAGAAAUUCAUUUUCAUUUUCUCUAAAUUUUUAUUAAUCCCUUCCGUUUCUAUUUUAUUUAUUUUGUUUUUAAUCUCCUCUAAUUGUUUUGUCGUUUCAUUGGUUAAAUAUUUUUUGUUUUUUGAUAGCUUAAAGUACUCUAUUUAUAUUUCUUCCCUCAAGGUACCUUUUUCUCUUUGCAUUUUACUUUUGAGUUUUACCAAAUACCCUCUCACUACGGCUUUGAAGGCACACCAAAUGGUUGCGUACGACAAUCCUUCUGUUUUGUUUUCAGUAACGUACAGUUCUUUUAAAUUUCUAAUUUGGUUUUGGUCUACUAUAUUAGACAAAAUAUUAUCAUCCAGGCGCCACAUAGUAUAGGGUUUGUGUUUUCUCAUUUCCUUUAUAUCAAACAAGUUAUAACUAUGGUCCGCCCAUGGAUUGUCCUUUAUUAUAAUUUUCUGUAUUUGUUCAACUAAACUAUUCUCUCCUUAAACCAAAUCAAUUCUAGACAGUAAAUGGUGUACUCUAGAAUGAUGUGUAUAUUCGUUUUCUUCCACAUGGUAUACUCGCCAUAUAUCCAUUAAGUUAUUUUCUUGCAUUAUAUUUCUUAGGAUAUUGUUUCUUUAGUUGUUUACUGGUUUAUUUAUUUUUUAUUAUUUUCUUUAUUUUUUUUUUAUUUUUUUUUUAUCUAAUACUGUAUCUGGGACACAACUGAAAUCCCCAGUUAUAACUAACAAUCCCAAUUUAACUUUUUCCACCCUUUCCAUUAUCUUCUUUAAGUACUUGGUUGGUAAAAUAUUGGGGGAAGAUACAGAUUUACAAAAGUAUAAUUAACCGAGUCUAUUUUACAUACUAAAAUCUGAUAUCUACCUUCAUUGUCUAACUCGGAAUAGAUUGUCUCUUUAUUGAGCUUUUUUGAAAAAAUAAUGUCCACUUCUCUUUUUUUUGCUCUCUCAAGAGAUGCAUGUGCGGCUACCUCAUGCCACUCAUAUUUCCAUCUGAUCUUCUCCUCCCUUUUCUAGUGAGUUUCUUGAAUCAUUGCAAUGCCUAUCCAGUCCUUUCUGAGUAAUUCAUAUAAAAGUUUUCUUUUAAAUGGGGUAUUUAAACCCUGUAUAUUCAUAGAGAUGCACUUCAGAGUUAUAUCCUAGUUAUUUACUCCUUGUCCCAAUAUAGGUUCUCCUUUAAAACAAGGAGAACAACGCACAUCCUCACCUACAUCAGAGGUGGAUUGCAGUCCACAUAAUUACCCAUAAUGCCAAGGGCUGAUAUCUACUAAACGACCUCCAAGCAGGGGUAUUUAAAGGGUUGAUCUAGACCAGCGAUUUCUAUACAUAAGAUUCCCUAUUGUAUUGUUGUUAGUUCAAAACAUAUUCUAAAGGGUACCAAUACCUGCAAUUAUGUGAGUUCAGGACACAAUCUAUCCAGCAUAGGACAUGAAGAGGAACGUCACGAUAAAAAUUACAACUUAAAGUACUACAUAAACUAUAAGUUUACCAAGUGAAUAUAUACCACACUUCUUACAUAUGAAUUAUCUUACAUCCACUAUUCUUAUAUAAUACACUUAGUAUUUUGUGUUCUUUGCUUGUCAUACUGUGCCGUUAUUCUUUCUCUUCUCUUUUCCCCACUGUUCUCAUCUAUUUGUUCUUAGGAAAGGAAGGGAAGAGAUGUCUUUUAAAUCUUUCUUCUGUUAUUUUCAUAUUUCUGCUUGCAUGAAUAACCUGUUGUUUAAUAUGGAGUGACUAUAGGGAGACCACCGUAUCUGUAGGACAUGAUUCCAGGAUGUUUUGCGGUUUUCUCACCCGGUAUGUGUUCUCUAUCAUCAUUUCUUGAUUUGGGAUUUGUAUAUUUAGCGUUGCAAACAGUUCAAUUAGAAAUUCUUUUACUCUUUCAGAAGUGAUGUCCUCGGGAAUAUUAUUUUAUUCUUAUAUUUUUCAUCCUUUGUCUAUCCUCCAAUUGAUUUUAGUCGCAUUUCUAAAUUAUUCAGGUCCGUCUAUCUUUUUUCCUGCUCUUCAGAAACUACUUUAUAAUGAGAUGCUAUUCUUUCUUGAUUUUCCUCUAUUUUAAUUAUUUUCGUACCAAGUUCUUCUAUUCGCUGUUUUAAUUGGCUUGUACUAUUAUCUAGCUCUCUUUUAAAUGUCUCCGUUUGGUUUUCCAAGUUUGUUUUAAUAAAAUCAUGAAGGUUAGACAUGGAAUUUCUUCUGUCUUCCACUACGGAUUCUUCUGCAAAAUAAUUUUCUACCCAUACUCCCUGUUUAUUUUGAGGGGAGAAAAGGGCAUACACAUGUUUGUCUUGUUUGUUAUCUUUUUUGGGGGGGGAUUUUUACCAUAGCCAUUUCAACUACUUAGUUCACUUCCUUCCCCUUUGUUUUCCUCUUUUCUCUUUCUCUUUUCGUUAUUAUUUAUAGACAAACCUUUAGAGUUUUCCACUUGUGUAAUUUAUGCGGUUUAUUAAACCCUUUCUCUUUCUCCCCUUAAACCAGUGGGUAGAGUUGUGCUAAUGAAGUUGAUUUUAGUAUAUUUCAACUUCCAGUCUGCCACCUCCAGUCUUCAGUACGCCACUACUGGGGCUCUUGUCUUUCCGUUCUCCGAGCUCCUCUCUGUUCAGAGCCACUAUCUCGUGGUGUCUAUUCCUCCACUGACCUGUCAACCCCCUAGAAUCUGCCUCGUGGUGCGUGCACACGUCACGCACAUCACGUCGCUCACCUUGGCUGUGAAUUGCAUCCUAUAACCCAUUAGCAGGUUGGUAAAACGGUAGCACACCGUGGUUGUACAAUGCAUCUUGCAUGUCAGGCACCUUCAAACUGGAUAGAUAAGUAAAUUAAGCUAUGCAGCCAACAAACCUGUAAACUCUUGUUACUAGGCUAUUAUCUAUAUGUUGCAUACCCAAAGCGACUUACAUACCAAAGCUAGUAAGAUUGUUAACAAGUUCCACUUACAUUAAAAGUGACUAACAAAAUAUAGUGCGCCCCAAGGAUACAUUAAAAAAAAACCUGACAAUGGCCUGAUGCUCAUUUUGGUGCACACAGCACCAUCAGGGAACCUAAAACCCAGAGCAAGUGUGGCCUGUCUGCAAAUAUUAUGUACGGUUAUCGGAGCAGCAUCCUAUAGGCCAAUCAUGACAAUUUGUUAAUAGACACCGAGAAAUAGAUGGAGCCACGCAUGGCAACCCCUAUCACAGAUAUCGCAAGGCUGGACAUGGGUCACAUAAAAGAGAGAAGGGAUCUACUUUGGCUUUUUGGUGUUGCUACAUACAAUACAAAAUAGAUGAGCACUUAUUAAAAUGGGAUAUCCAGUAUCCCCACACCCCCACACAAGUAAACUAACAUGAAUACCAGUCAAUGGUUACCUCCUUUUACAGAGGGGUGUGUAUAAAAGAGUGGUUUAGACAAUAGAGGUGAUUUACAGGCUGCUCGGUACACUUAUGUGGAAAUAUCCUCUAUUCCACAAAACAGAAUUGUAAUUAUUAGUGUGGUUUAAGUAUUUUAUAGGUCUUUUGUUACUUAAACCGCACUAAUAAGUAAACUAUCAUGCUCACAUAGGAUUAGGUGGGUGGUAUUUUGUAUUUUUAUUGUAAUGUCCCUAUUGAUUAAACUGGGGAGGAGUGUUCACCACCAUUGCUCACUAAAUAAAGUUGCACAAAAGGAAUACAAAAGAAAAGCUUUUUAUUUUAUUUUUUUUAAACAAUAUUUAUUUGAAGAUUUUGUCAUUAUAUAGUAAAAAAUAUAUAUAUAUUAAAAUUAACUAAAGCUGCAAAGUGUGUGGCUUUGUACACUUUUUUUUUUGGGAUCCUUUAUUGUCGUUCUAUUUCUCCAUGGUUUGUGGGUUUAUAUGACAUCACAGGCAGAAGGGAACAAAAUGGCGGCACACAGGUUUUGACAUUUGGCACAAGUAUAAGGAGUAUAAACAUUAAUAUACAAGGUGCAUGAGGAAAAUAACAUCCGUGCUUCUAAAGGUAUUGAAAUAAGCAGUUAUUUCAUCCCCAUAUUAACUCCUGACAGACAUAUAUUUAAUAAAGUACAUGUUAUGUGAAAGAGCGGUAUGCUGUUAAGUGAAGAACAUUUUUUUUUUGUCUCGUGUGGUUUCCCAAUUUGCUUGUCAAAAAAAGAACAAAUUUUAUGUAUAAGAAAAAAAACUAAAUUCUAAGAACCUUCUGGUAUUUUAUAUUUUAUUUCAGUGUCAUCAAAUCUGCCACCUCCACGGAACGUUCGUAUAAUUUCUGAAAACUUCGUGCAUGUAUUGGUCUGGGAGAAUAAUUAUUUGAAUGCAUCUGUUCACUACAUUACCCAAGAAAGGUACGUUUAUUCCUGUUUUAACUUAUUUUCUGCACUUAAACAAGGAUUUAAAUAUUUAUAAGAAAUUCCCAUUACCAUGUAUAAUGCUGUGGAACAUGGGCUGCGGUCAGUGAGGUAGGGUGGCAGCUAUUGGCUAUUAGCAAGAGGUGAGGGGAAAAUAGGCUGCUAAAAGUGUGACAGUGGAGAAAAAGAGCUUCAGACUAGGGUGGUAGAGAUUGGACUACUGGAAAUGUGGGGAACACUUGAGUGGCUGGAUAUUUCAAGCUUGACAAAGACCUCUGUGAAGGUCGAAACGUUGCUGCUCUUUUUGCUCCAUUAAAAUCUGCUUGCGGCUUUCACACUUGAGUGGCUGGAUAUUUCUUUUUUGACUUGACGUGUUGGUAUUGCUGGUCCUACUCAAGAGCACCGAUGGCUGCUAAAGGGAUUGAGUGCGGUUCCUACAACUGACAAUAUGGGGACGAGAGAGAUUGUCCUACUGAUUGGCCUACUUGCAGUGGCUUCUGUCAGUUGGGGUACGGGAGAGAUUUGGCUUCUGGCAGUUGGGGGACAGGAGAGAUUUGGCUUCUGGUAGUUUUGGGGGAUGAGAUUGAGCUUCUGGCAGUGGGGGAAGGGAUUUGGCUUCUUGCAGUUGGGGGGAGGCAGGAGAUAUUAAGCCUACUGGCAGUGGGGAGGGGAGGGGAGGAGAGAGACAGGGCUACUGGUACUUCGGGGGAGAAUGGCCCAUUGUCAAUGGAGGCGAAGAAAAGGGCCAAAGACAAUGGGCAAAGGCCACCAAUUCUUGGUGAGAAAUGCUUCUGUUGUGAAGCAUUUGAUUGGCCGCACAAGGGAGGCUGUGACGUUGGAACGGGGCGUGAAGAGGAUUGUUGGGAACAUCACAUAACGCUGGAUUGCUGGGAAGUUUUUACUUUGGCACGUUGCCUACUGUUGGUUACUGAUACUUUGGCACGUUGGCUAUUGUGUGCUUGUUUGGCAAGAUUGUCUUUCGUGAUUCAGUAGACCUAGUAAUACAGACAAUAUAAUUUUUCAUAACGAAAGCAUUGAAACAAUUCAAAAAGCUGCAAAGUCUAGUGUUUCAAGCAGUCUGUUCAUUAUCGUGAUGCGUCAUUGGAUAAGGUAAAACUUCUGUGGUUCGCUUUUACAUUAUCUUGGUUAGUCUUGAGCUUUCUGUAUUGAUCUGCUGUGUAACACAACACUUCUACUUUACCAAUACCUUGUAUGAUACAAGUUUAUUUUUUAUUUUUUGGGGGCCUAUUUUCUGAAGAUCGCAGUGGAAACCAGUUGAUAAAUGCUCCAAUGUUACAAACCAGCUCUGUGACCUGACGGAAUAUUUUACUGACCUUCUAGGAAAUUACCAAGGAUCUGUGCAAAGCUUCACCCAUAAUGCUAUUUCGAACAUUUCAUACUCUGCAUUGUUUAAUCCUUUUGAAAGCAGUAAGUAAAAAGGCUUCAGUAUGCCUCGUGUAAUAAUCCUGUAGGUCCAGGAUAUGUCACAGUGGUAGGUUUGCAAGGUUUUGCUUCCAACAGCAGCAUAUCAGCUGACACAAUGUGUCCACGUUUUAAAGUAGACCCGUGACCACCACCUCCUAUGGUAGCUGAAAAAGCUUGUGUCACAAUUAAAUUUGAAAUGUAAUCUUUGAAUUGUUCUAGCAAACUAGGCUUCUUUUCAUAUUGAAUGAAAAUGUAAGAUAAUAAAAAUACAUUGACAAAUAAUAAUCAAAAAAUUAUUUGGUUGAAAACCUUAAUAACACAAAGGACUGUUCACAGUAUGAACAGCUGAACUAGCUCAGAGUGUGUCAUAUAUGAAUCUUUGAAGACUUAAAGAUAAAACACUGGAAACCAGAAAGAUAUUUUACCUGCAUGUAUGCAUUACAAAAUACACACAUCCACAGCAAAUGUAUUUUUUUAUUUUAAAUGGUAAAAGGUUGGCUAUUUUUAUUUUAAAUAAAUGGGACGUUCGACUUUAAUUUUAAGAGCGGAAAUAUUCACCUGUACAGAGUACUAACAAAUUUAUAGAUUUUUAAUCAAAAGCUCUGGGCUUUGGGGAGAGGAAGGGGUUAAACUUACCUCUUUCUCCAGCGCCAGGCGGGAAGCUCUCCUCCUCCUCUCCUCCCUCUUCUGCUCCUCUUCGGCUGAAUGCGCAUGCGCGGCAGGAGUCGCGCGCGCAUUCAGCCAGUCCAUAGGAAAGCAUUCACAAUGCUUUCCUAUGGACGCUGGCGUCUUCUCACUGUGAUUUUCACAGUGAGAAGCACUCAAGCGCCUCUAGCGGCUGUCAAGCGACAGCCACUAGAGGCUUGAUUACAGUUUCUCUGAAACUGCUAUGUUUAUAAAAAAAAAAAAGGGUUAAUCCUAGCUGGACCUGGCACCCAGACCACUUCAUUAAGCUGAAGGGGUCUGGGUGCCUAUAGUGGUCCUUUAAUGGAUUAUUUUGUUACCUGUUCAAGUUAACCUGGACAAAAAAAGUCACUUAUUUUAUGGCAGUUUGAGAUUUGCAGGUAAAAAGAGAAACGUACUGCAGGAUAUGUAUGUAUACGUAUAGGCUAGUGACUUCACAUUUCUUUACUAUGCUGAGGGAGUUAAACUGCUGCGGUGCAACAUGCCUUUUAACCCCUGCAGUUCUUGGUAAAUAUGUCCAACAGCUCAGACCAAAGACUUAGUAAUGGCCCUAAAGACUGAUUGUGCAAUAAAAGUAGGGUCACAUUACCCUUCGAAUGGUAAUCCUCAGGGGCCCUUUAGGAGGUAAAAGCCUCUGCAGCUAACUUAGUAGUAGGCUAGUGGCCUGUAUUUUUUCCCCUUUGUGGCUACAUAUUAAUUAGAUCUUGCUAGUAUCUGUAAUACAAAAUACUGUUUUAUUAGUCCUUUGAAUGAUGAUUUACCCCUUGUUUCUUUCUAGCUGCACUGGGGCCGCCCAUUGUUCGUGUUACUUCAUGCAACAAAUGUGUCAAUCUUACAAUAAAUCUUCCAAAAUCGCCCACGGUGAGCUCAGACAACAAUCCUAUCUUAAAGCUGUUCAACGAUUACUCCAUACAAUACACAAUUAUGGUGGUGACUCCCAAUGAGGUAAGCGUGGAUCCUCUUUAGCAGGUAUAACGCUUUAUUUUUCCUAGAGGUUAGCCAUGCGCGACGGCCACCAUUAGAAACUGGGGUAGAUCCAGAACCUAUUCUCUGGAGUGGCUCUGGUAG